AUGGCCCCUUUUAAGGCACAGUAUGGGAAGAAGUGCCGGACACCCUUGUGCUGGGAUGAAGUAGGUGAGCGGCGCAUUCUUGGGUCAGAACUGAUACAAGCAACCUGUGAAAAAGUGGAUUUGAUCCGGGAGAGAAUUAAAGCUGCCCAGUCUAGGCAAAAGGGCUAUGCCGAUCAACGGCAAAAGGAUCUGGAGUUCCUCGUUGGUGAUAAAGUAUUUCUCAAGGUGUCGCCUACGAAAGGGGUGAUGCGGUUCAGUAAGAAGGGUAAAUUAAGCCCAAUGUAUAUUGGGCCUUAUGAGAUUCUUGCCAAGGUUGGACCGGUGGCUUAUUGGUUAGCACUCCCACCAUCUCUCGACGGCGUACACGAUGCCUUUCACAUAUCUAUGUUGCGGAAGUAUGUGCAUGACCCCAGUCAUAUCCUAUCUCAGGAACCACCAGAGUUGGCGGCAGACAUGUCAUAUAAGGAACAGCCUGAGAAGAUUCUAGACAGUAAGGUGGUGAAUCUCCGCAACCAACCCAUCCAUUAUGUGAAAGUAAAGUGGUGUAACCACUUAGAAGAAGAAGCUUCCUGGGAAGCCGAGGUGGAAAUGCGAGCGAAAUACCCUUUCCUGGGAUUUCUACAAGAUUUUGAUGUAGAUGGUGGUUACUUGGCUAGUCUGGAUGUACAGUCUUCAGACUAUGAUGGUAUUGGUACAGAGGAACCUGGUUACGUGUCGGAGGAACACGGCGACGGUUGCCCCUGCGAUGAUUGUGCCUAUGGGCAUUGA